AUGGAAGCACUCCGGCCGUUAUCCAUAACGGCCGUGGCGGCGCUUCUCAGCGCUGCCCCCGUGCGGAUUCCUACCUUCGUUGGUACUGGUAGAGAAGUGGGCGGUAGGCGAGGGAAGAGUGUGAGAGCUGGCGCAGGCGGCGGGGGCUGGCUGUCGGGCCUGCUGGGCCGGAAGGGCGGCGGCGGUGCGCCCACGGCGAUGACUUUAACACCAGGGACCGUGAAGGCCGGCGAUCCCGUGCUUCACGAGCCGGCACAGGAGGUGUCCCCCCGGGACGUGCCUUCCGAGAAGAUCCAGGGCGUCAUCGAUCAGAUGAUCGCUGUCAUGCGCAAAGCCCCUGGCGUUGGCCUCGCCGCCCCACAGAUCGGCGAGCCCUUGAAGAUUAUUGUUCUCGAGGACACCCAAGAAUACAUCAGCUAUGCUUCCAAGGAGGACAUCGAUGCGCAGGAUCGCCGUUCGUUUGAUCUUCUUGUUGUUAUCAAUCCCAAGCUUAGGAAGACGAGUAAAAGAACUGCACGUUUCUAUGAAGGAUGUCUUAGUGUCGAUGGAUAUAGAGCGGUUGUUGAGCGUCAUUUGGAUGUUGAGGUUUCGGGUUUGGACCGAAAUGGACAUCCCAUGAAGGUGGAGGCAUCAGGAUGGCAGGCACGCAUUCUGCAGCAUGAGUGUGAUCACCUCGAAGGCACAUUAUAUGUUGACAAGAUGGUUCCGAGGACAUUCAGGACAGUUGAUAACUUGAAUCUGCCACUUGCCACUGGAUGUCCUCCUCUAGGUGCAUGA